UCACUGCUUUCUUUUGCCCCAUCCUCAGGCUGACGUGUCGCGGAUGAUGACGUCCCUUUAGCUGAUAGGAGCAGUCAGCUUCUAUAUAAGUGGUCGAGGAGGCGGGCGUAGCUUUCCCCGGCAGUCAGCGGAUCGGGACACGGAAAGCUGGCAGGCUGAAAGAAGCGUUCAGCUCACCGGACGGAUUUUCUGGCUUUUGACCCUUUAGCUGUGGUUACACGGAUUUGCGUGGGACAAUGAGCUCGGUGGCGGUUUUAACCCAGGAAAGCUUUAAUGAGCAUCGCAGUGGGCUUACCCAGCCACAGGUCAAAGUGGCGGCCAUGGGAUCGGAGGAAGAAACAGAUCCCCCCACUUAUAAGGAUGCUUUCCCACCCCUCCCAGAGAAAGCGCUGAACAGUGAGACUCAAGCGGAGCCUACAGGGGCUUGGAGUAAGAUUAGGCCAAUCAAGUCUUCCGUUAUUACUCAGGUGUUCCAUGUUCCCCUGGAGGAGCGCAGGUACAAGGAUAUGGCCCAAUUUGGAGAGGGGGAGCAGGCUAAAAUUUGUUUGGAUAUAAUGCAGAAGACUGGAGCCCAGUUGGAAUUGUCUCUGGCCAAAGAUCAAGGCUUGUCAAUCAUGGUAUCUGGCAAACUGGACUCGGUUAUGAAGGCACGGAAGGAGAUAGUGACCCGACUUCAGACUCAGGCGUCUGCAUCAGUUGCUAUCCCCAAGGAACACCACCGUUUUGUGAUUGGCAAAAAUGGAGAGAAACUGCAGGACCUGGAACUAAAAACCGCUACCAAGAUUCAAAUCCCCCGGCCUGAAGAUGCUAGCAACCAGGUCAAGAUCACUGGCACCAAGGAGGGCAUCGAAAAGGCACGACAUGAGAUUCUGCUCAUAUCUGCUGAACAGGAUAAAAGAGCAGUCGAACGAUUUGAGGUAGAGAAGGCCUACCACCCUUUUAUUGCUGGACCUCACAACAAAUUGGUUAAUGAAAUAAUGCAGGAGACAGGCACAAGAAUAAACAUCCCUCCACCAAGUGUCAACAAAACUGAAAUUGUGUGCACUGGAGAGAAGGAACAGCUAGCUCAGGCAGUGGCAAGAAUCAAGCAGAUUUAUGAAGAAAAGAAGAAGAAAACUACCAGCAUUGCCGUGGAGGUGAGGAAAUCGCAACACAAAUACGUCAUUGGUCCAAAGGGCAACAGCCUGCAAGAAAUCCUGGAGCGCACAGGGGUAUCAGUGGAGAUUCCACCCAGCGACAGUAGUUCUGAGACAGUCAUCCUGAGGGGGGAGCCUGAAAAAUUGGGCCAGGCACUAACUGAAGUGUAUGCAAAGGCGAACAGUUUCACUGUGGCUUCUGUGUCUGCUCCUUCAUGGCUGCAUAGAUUCAUCAUUGGCAAAAAAGGACAGAACUUGGCAAAGAUCACACAGCAAAUACCAAAGGUGCACAUUGAGUUUACAGAAGGGGAAGACAAGAUCUCUUUGGAAGGGCCUACAGAAGACGUGACUGUUGCUCAGCAACAAAUGGAAGUGCUAGUCAGGGACCUGAUCUCACGAAUGGACUUUGCAGAAAUAAGCAUUGAACACCGGUUUCACAGACAUCUUAUUGGAAAGAGUGGUGCAAAUAUUAACAGGAUUAAGGAUCAAUACAAAGUCUCUGUGCGCAUUCCCCAAGACAGUGAGAAGAGCAAUCACAUUCGUAUUGAAGGUGACCCCCAGGGGGUUCAGCAAGCAAAAAAGGAGUUGCUGGAGCUAGCAUUAAGAAUGGAAAAUGAGCGCACAAAAGAUUUGAUCAUUGAUCAGAAGUUCCAUCGAACAAUGAUUGGCCAGAAAGGAGAGCGAAUUCGGGAGAUCAGGGAGAAAUUUCCAGAGGUCAUUAUAAACUUCCCAGAUCCAAAUAACAAGAGUGAAAUUGUGCAACUGCGUGGACCUAAAAAUGAGGUUGAGAAGUGUACAAAGUAUCUACAGAAAAUGGUUUCAGAAAUGGUAAGGCAGCCAUAUAAAAUCAACAUCCGAUUUUUUAAGCAGUUUCAUAAGAACAUAUCGGGAAGGGAGGGUGCCAACAUUAAAAAGAUCCGUGAAGAAUGUAACACUAAAAUUGAUCUGUCCUGCCGAGAACAGCAACUCAGAAUGAUUGUUAUCACUGGAAAGAGGCCUAACUGUGAGGCUGCAAGGGACAGAAUCCUGGCCAUUCAGAAAGAACUGGAAUCAUUCUUAUGCUACAUCACAGAAUUGGAAGUUAGUAUUCCUUCCAAGUUGCACAACUCCUUAUUGGUGGCUAAGGGACGUUUUAUUCGCUCUAUCAUGGAGGAGUGUGGGGGAGUUCACAUCCACUUCCCCAGCGAAGGCUCUGGCAGUGACACAGUGACUAUCAGAGGACCAGCACAGGAUGUAGAAAGAGCAAAGAAACAACUUCUACAGCUGCUGAGGAGAAAGCAAAUAAGAAGUUUCACUGCUGAACUGUUGGCUAAACCAGAAUACCACAAGUUCCUAAUUGGUAAAGGGGGAGGUAACAUCCGUAAGGUACGCGAACCUACAGGUGCUAGAAUCAUAUUCCCUACUGCUGAAGACAAGGACCAACAGCUUAUUACAAUUGUGGGCACAGAGGAAGCAGUAAAGGACGCUCAGAAAGAGCUAGAAUUCCUUAUCAAAAGCCUGAUAACAUUGGUUGAGGAUUUUAUGUCUGUGGACCCAAAAAACCACCGUCACUUUGUGAUUCGAAGGGGGCAAGUUCUUAGAGAAAUUGCUGAGGAGUAUGGUGGAGUUACUGUUAGCUUCCCUCGUUCAGGAGUGCAGAGUGACCGUGUUACACUUAAGGGAGCCAAGGAAUGUGUAGAAGCUGCCAAGAAACGAAUCCAGGAUAUUAUUGAUGAUCUAGAAGCCCAGGUUACAAUUGAGUGCAUGAUUCCCCAGAGAUUCCAUCGCUCUAUUAUGGGUCCCAAAGGUUCUAGAAUCCAGCAGAUAGACACGGAACACGGAAGUGCAGAUCAAAUUCCUGAUCGUGAGAAUCCACAGACUGCUCUCAACACAGAGUCCCCAACACAAGAGAAUGGAGAAGAGGGUGUUGAAUCACAGGCAGCAGUUGACCCUGGCUCUCCAAAAAAAAUGAUGACAUCAUAUAAUCUCUGGGCGCAAAGAAAAUGUGAUGCAGCUUGUGAAGCUCUUAAGGGCUCUGUCCCAGUGAGCAUUGUAGAAGUCCCAUAUGAUCUGCAUCGUUACAUUAUUGGACAGAAAGGUUCAGGCAUUCGUAAGAUGAUGGAUGAGUUUGAGGUCAAUAUCCAAGUCCCAGCCCCUGAACUGCAAUGUGAUACAAUUACCAUCACUGGGCUGUCUUCUUAUCUGGAGCGAGCUAAAGCCGGGCUAUUAGAACGUGUGCGGGAGUUACAGGCUGAACAAGAAGACAGGGCUCUGCGCAGCUUUAAACUGGUUAUCUCUGUCAACCCCAAAUUUCAUCCCAAGAUCAUUGGCCGCAAAGGGGCAGUGAUUAGCCAGAUUCGCACUGAACAUGAUGUUAACAUCCAGUUUCCUGACAAGAAUGAUGAAUUCCAGGACCAGAUCGUCAUUACGGGUUAUGAGAAGAACACAGAGACUGCUCGAGAUUCCAUUAUGCAGAUUGUUGGAGAUCUGGAACAAAUGGUAUCAGAGGAUAUUACCUUGGACCACCGUGUCCACGCCCGCAUUAUUGGUGGCCGAGGCAAAGCCAUACGUAAGAUCAUGGAUGAGUUUAAGGUAAAAUUCUCUUUAGAAUUUAUUGCAAUGUGAACCAUAAGGUUUCCUGUAAAAAUUAAAAUGCAUUUUU